AUGACUGAAAGGUGUGACAGAGGCAGCCCGAACCCCAGCAUCACUGAAGGUUGUGAAGAAGACAAUGCACCUUUGGUUGCCAAGGCUAAGCCUGGGAAGGUUAAGAAACUUACCCAGACUGACAUUGAUGCAGCACACAAGGUACUCGAGGCCAACGUGACUUCGGGUCCCGCUUCUGUGCUUGCAUGCGGCGAGGAGAACAUGCCCCCUGUGACUGCAUCUGUUGUUGAGCACCGGCGACUCUCCGGUCAUGCUUCAAAGAAGCCGAAGCCUGCUCACCCAACAGGCAUCCAGAACACUUGGACGCUGAAGCCAGUGAAGCCGCCCCACAAGUCGAAGUCGAAAUUUGCCAAAGCAGCUUCUGCCCCGGGUGGUACAGGUAUCGUCAUCAACGCUGGAGAUGGUGGAUUACAGGACUCCGGAGACGAGAAUGGGGAUGUGGAGCAUGCUGCGCUGCACGGCUCGGGUGCAAGGGCCCAGGGACGCCACACGAGCAAUGGUAUUGUUCACAUUGAUCUGACUCAGUCCCAGGAGACUCGGUUGGCUGAUGAUCCUGUCGAGGCUGUGGCAUGUUGCGGCAACAGCAGUAAGAGAUUUACUAACUCCGAUCUCCCCAUUCCCUUGGGUCUCCUUUGGAAGUGGUAUCUCCAGCUCAUUCUGCGCUAUCUGGAGAAGAUCGGCGAGUCAGCAUGCAAUCCCUGGAAUGUCAUCGGCCUGGAUCUCAUUGCCAUGCUACAGCAGCUCUGGGAUGAAAUUUUCCCUGACAUUCCUAUCAUUGUCACCCCUCGCGAAGCCGUCUAUGAUGUGGCCCAGCAGCAUGUCCGUGAUUGGCGCCACAAGAUCGCGGAGGCUGGAGUGGCUGCAGUUGCGAACUUCUUCGUGCUGCAGGCAAAGAAUGGAGGUGUCGAGACUGAGGAGGAAAUCGUGGAAUACGUCAAGUGGGCCCUCAGCUCAGGCAUGCCUUUUCGGUAUGCAGGAGCAAUGAUGAAAGGCCCUGAUGGCAAGGUUCCUGUGAGUAUUUCAACUUUGAUAUCGCACUCGAUUGAUUCGAAGGGCCCAUUCCAGUCUGAGUUCAUCCUUCGCACUCUUGGAGCUCAUUUCGCAUGUACCAACCGCUGCUCAGAGAUUGCCGGGAUUCCUGACACUGCGCUUGCACUCUGUAUCACCUCGGUCGAGUGUGUGCUCAAGCAUUGGGAGAGUGGUAGUAUUGUGGAUGUUCCUGAGCCGAAGUUCAGUCAAGAGACUUAUGGCCAGAUCAUGAACUACUACCUGAACUCGGUCUGCAACUUGCGCAAGGCGACUUGGGCGAAAAUAAUUGAGGGUGGUGAACGCUGGAGGUGCACAUUCACUGUGUUUUCGCCGUUCUAG